AUGAAUGCUGAAAACAAUAAUGGUAACUUUUUCAAUUAUAUAUGUUCUAUUUUUGCCUCCACAAAGGAUUCAAUGAAUUUAGAAAUCAAGAACUCUCAAAAUAUGACACUGUUCCUUCUAGUCAUCUCUACGGCACACCUUGGAAUGAUACAUAAAAUUAUCACAUACGGUGCAAAUAUGAAUGCUGAAAACAAUAAUGGUAACUUUUUCAAUUAUAUAUGUUCUAUUUUUGCCUCCACAAAGGAUUCAAUGAAUUUAGAAAUCAAGAACUCUCAAAAUAUGACACUGUUCCUUCUAGUCAUCUCUACGGCACACCUUGGAAUGAUACAUAAAAUUAUCACAUACGGUGCAAAUAUGAAUGCUGAAAACAAUAAUGGUAACUUUUUCAAUUAUAUAUGUUCUAUUUUUGCCUCCACAAAGGAUUCAAUGAAUUUAGAAAUCAAGAACUGUCAGAAUAUGACACUGUUCCUUCUAGUCAUCUCUACGGCACACCUUGGAAUGAUACAUAAAUUUAUCACAUACGGUGCAAACAUGAAUGCUGAAAACAAUAAUGGUAACUUUUUCAAUUAUAUAUGUUCUAUUUUUGCCUCCACAAAAGAUUCAAUGAAUUUAGAAAUCAAGAACUCUGAAAAUAUGACACUAUAG